AUCAGCUCGACCCAGUUUUUUCUUCCCUUACGAAUGAGAAACGUCACCACUAGAGCCGACACUCGCUCAGCGGGUGCUUCAUCGCAGAAUCACGUCCCUAACCACCCGAUCAGGAAACCACUGCCGAUGUUUUCUACGUUGGUCGUACCGGCGCGAUUGAAUGGUGUCGUCGCAAAUCUACAAUGCCGCCGCGGUAUACACAUACGUGCCAUUGCGCCGGCAUUGGGAAGUCAGACGUGGCAUGAUGGAUCGAGGAAUACCGCACAGAGGAGGAUUCUUGCAAAGAGAUGGGAGACACAAAGAAGGGCGCAUGCCUCAUCCACAGCAGCGCCGGUGAAAAACACAAGAUAUGGUGGGGCCAUGCCACCUUCUCCCACCAAAACAACCAAGACGAAUACACCCGCGAAGACAACUUCUCCCAGGAAACCUCAGUCCUCUCCUCUUGUUCCCGCGCAAACACCCACCUCGAAAGCCACAACCGUCCCCACGCUGCGAGCGAAAGAGAAACUGAACCCACCACCGUUUACAUACGCCCCCGAUAUAUCUGUUCCCGCACGAACACCAGACCAGAACGUCGUCAAGUGGUUAUAUCGCGCCGGUCGCGCAUACCUUACCUUCUACAAAACGGGCAUAUCGCAUGUCCGGCAAACAUCCAAACUUGCAAAGACGCUGCGCCAAAAGGCUGCGCAAACACCCAACAAAGAUAUCACCGAAGUUUUGUCAAGGGCGGAAUGGCAGAUUGUGCAAAGGAGUAGGCUGGAUACAUUGAGGUUGCCAGCGUUCGGCUUCUUGGUCUUGUUGCUUGGAGAGUGGUUACCACUCGUUGUCAUGUACAUCACACCCGUCAUUCCAGAGGCAUGCCGGAUACCCCAGCAGGUCCAACGCGCGUUACGAAAACGUGAAGACAAACGACAAGACCGGCUAAGAAGGAUCGCCCUAGACGCCAUGCGACUGAUGAGCAGAGAUCGACCACCUAUCGGGAGCACAUCAUCUGACACGCCCUCUGUCUCCCUGCCAAAGAGUGGGCAAGUCAUGCCAGUCACCACGAAGAACUGGAACGAGAUGACACUUUUUGAACUCUCGCUUACCGCCGCACAACUUGAUUGCUACCCUGCACUGUUCGACUGGCUUCCUGUGACAGCCCCCAAGUUUCUCUUGCAACGCAAUGUCAGGAAGAAACUGGAGUAUUUGAAGACGGACGAUAAGUUGAUUCAGCGCGACGGCGGGUGGGAAGCUCUCGGGAAGCAAGAGCUUCAGAGGGCUUGUGUGGAUAGAGGUCUGCCUGUGCUGGGGAAGAGGGAGGAUGAGCUAAGGAAGGCGUUGGCGAAACUUCAGGGCUAAGAUGGCAUUUGAGGGCGAUAGUCAGUUCGCAUACGACUAUAGGUGACUUACAAGACGGUUAGAUGAUGCUCGGGGGCUGCUAUAGACAUGUAGACAUUUUGGCUUGUCGGUGGUAUGAACACGCGAGAUACCCAAAUACUAUACUUCUUAUGACCAAGUCGAUAGGUGCGCUUCCUGUUUGAACAUAUUUGAGCCAUCAUCUAGGCACAAUUCUAUGUACGAUUCACAAAGUAUGAAACUAGCUU